AUGCUGGGCUGCUUCUCCCGGCUCCGGCGGCCGGCCUCCGCCGCGGCCGGGGCGCCGGCUCCCGUGCAGCCGCCCGACGAGGCGUCCACGUCGGCCUCCACACCGGAGACCUCCCCGCGCUCGUCCUCCUCCUCCGCCCGCUUCAAGAGCGCGUGCCUCCGGGACGGCGGCAGGGGCGGGGACGUGGAUGUGACCGUCGCGAAGGAGUGCCCGCCGCUGUCGUCCAUGCUCGCCGUGGACUCCGGGCUGUCGUCGGCCAUCGCGUCCCGGCGGUUCUUCCUCGCCUCCCCGGGCCGGUCCAACUCCAUCGUGGACUCGUCGGCGGCGCACGCGGCCGCCGUGCUGGGCGUGGGCGCGGCCGGGGUGGCGGUGCCGACCUACUCCCCGGACCCGCACGCCGACUUCCUGCGGUCCAUGGAGGAGAUGUCGGCGGCGCUGCGGCUGGACGCGCGGCGGCGCGGCGACCGGGCGCGCCUCCACGAGCUGCUGCUCUGCUACCUGGCGCUCAACGACAAGCGCGCGCACCGGUACGUCGUCAGCGCCUUCACCGACCUCCUCCUCCGCCUCACCGCCACCGACGACCUCGACGCCGACGACGAGCAGCACGGCAGCAUGUAG